UGGAGUACGUGUUCAAUUUGUAUUUGAUGCAGUAAAUUUGUAUCUUUGAUUUUUUUUUAAGUGAACAACAUACAUAGUACGUGUCUUUUACAACUUAAAAUCUCCUGGUUCGUUCCGAAAAAUUACACUGAGCAGCUGCCAAGUAUUUUUGCUUGAAUUACAUUCUUCAAUCAUACAAAAAUGAUUAAACAUAAAAGUGAAAUUCGAUUUAUAUUUUAUUCGUCUUCCAUAUUUAUUUGUUAUUUCAUAUUUGGAAUGUUACAAGAAAAAAUCACAAGAGGCAAAUAUGGUGACGAAAAAUUUACUUGCGCGCUUUCCCUUGUCCUAGUUCAAUGUGUAGUGAAUUAUACCUUCGCUAAAAUAUUAAUGUACUGGAAACAUGAAAAAGACACUACCCGAACGCUAUAUUACUUUUCAUCAGCUCUCACAUACUUGUUAGCUAUGGUGUGCUCAAUAAUGGCACUGCAAUGGAUCAACUACCCAACUCAGGUUGUUGGUAAAGCAGCAAAGCCCAUUCCUGUGAUGAUCCUUGGAGUUUUAAUUGGAAGAAAACGGUAUCCAUUGAAGAAGUACUUGUUCGUUUUUCUUAUUGUUAUCGGUAUUGUUCUCUUCAUGUACAAGGAUCAAGUAAAUUUACCACACGGUGAUUUUCACGGAAUCGGAAUAGGAGAAGUUUUGCUUCUCUUAUCUUUAACUAUGGAUGGAUUGACAGGAGCAGUUCAGGAGAGAAUUAAGACUGAAUCUUCCCCAACAGCCUACUCAAUGAUGCUAAACACUAAUUGGUGGUCCGCAAUCAUAUCCACAGUUGGUGUGCUUGUAACUGAGGAGAUAUUUAAGUUUGGGACGUUUGUGACUCAGCAUCCAGAGAUCAUUAUAUACUUAGUUGCAUUUGCUCUGACCGGUGCUCUGGGACAGCUUUUUAUAUUCUACAUGGUGUCGGAGUUCGGUCCACUCCCUUGCUCAGUGGUGACAACAACAAGGAAAUUCUUCACGGUGCUUGCUUCAGUCAUCAUAUUUGGAAACGUUCUAUAUACACGACAAUGGAUUGGCGCUGCGUUGGUGUUUACUGGUCUCUUUUUGGACAUAUUUUACAACAAAUCUGCUCCGGUUAAGAAACCAACAAAUAAAUGAUGGCUCCGGGCCUUGGAGGCCAGAAUUUUGAGAAAUUUAGACAAUUUGUUAAUCGAUGUGGACUAAUUUAAAUAAUUUUAUAUUUAUUUAUUUCUUUCUUACUUUGAAUAUAAUUUAUUUACUCAAUAUGAAUCAAAUGAACAUGACAUUUCAAAUGUCUGUUAUAGGAGUCUACUUUGCAUAUUAUCAUCUUAAGUUAGUUUUAUGUUAUUAUGUGAUAACAUAUUAUGGCUACCUCAUUCAUUUAAGUUAUAUGAAAUUAUAACUUUAUGUUACAAAAAGAUUAUUAUUACUAAACUAGUUGGCAAUGUUUCUUAAGAAAACAUGUUUCGAAGUCAAACUUCUUUGGGUGCGAUUAGUUUCAAAUUUUACGGUCAGAUUGUGAUCAACGUUUUCCAUGUGUGACGUUUGAGGGUAACAAGAUGCAGAUGAUUAUAUUUUAUUGACAUUUAUUAAUAGAAUGUAAACAUUUGACUUGUGUAUCGAGUUGUACUAUGGGAGGUAGUCUUAGGUUAAGUUUUUUAUUUGUUGAUUACACAUUCUCAUUGAAUACAAUUACAAUGAUUCAUACUUAAUUAAUUUACAAUUUAUUGAAAUAUAUUCCAUGAUUGUCAACAUAUUUAAUUGUUUUGUAAUAUAAUUAUAUAAACAUUAAUUGUGUAAUGGAGUAUACAUCAAUAUAUAGAUGGUAUUGCAACAGCUAUUAGUUAUUUAGCACAGAGUAUUUACUCAAAAAUAAUAAAUUUUUAACGCUGCCUCCCCGUUUAUUAGGCAUUUAAUCUUUUAAUAUGUCAUAAGUAAAUUUUACAUUACUGUAAGUUAUGCCAAGCUGUCUAUUUAUUUUAUUAUUUCCUUUCGAAUCGAUUAGAUUGGGUGCCGAUUGGUUUAAGGACACAUUAAUAUUAUUUAACCACCUUAUGUAUUUUGUAUCAAAAUUUGGGACAAUUUCCACCCGAUCGAUUGAUAAAAUUUUGCACAAACUCUUAGUGCUCGCAUAUAUUUUUAUAUACUUAACUAUGUUCGUUUUUUAAUACAUUAUUUGUAUAAAAUAUUGUUUUUAAAAUGUUUUUGUUUUGUUUUUUAUACAUAUCUGUGUCAACUUUAUUUUAAUUGUGACGUCAUUAUGAAGUAGUGAUUAAAAUUAUAACUGUAUUUAGUAUAGUGUAGAGUAGUGUUAGUAUAGGGUGAUUAUCUAUAUACUUCAUUCAUCAUUGUCUAUAUGUAUCAAAAUCACAUGAUUUGAUACCGUAUUUAUGUGUUCAUAAAAACGUAUGUAACUGCCAUACUCGGAGGCAUUUAAUGUUUUCAUAAGUAUAUAUAGCUUAGUUUAGAUUUGAUAUAUAAAUAAAAUCUAAUUUAAGGAGCGCCUUAUCAACAUUAUCCUGUUCUCGUCCAUGCUGGACAUAGGCCUCUCGAAUGGCACGCCAUUGAGCUCUAUCUUCAGCUCUCGAUUUCCACCCACUACCAGCCAAUUUGCGUAUAUCGUUACUCCACCUAGCUGCAAGGCAUCGCUCCAACGUUAUAUUGCCAAGGCGUGGUCUCCAUUAUGUAAACUUGAGCGUCUUAUGUAAACUUUAAAUGUUUCUGUAAAUGACGGUAUAUAAUAUUAAAUAUAUAAUCUGAUGGCAACAGUGUAGCAAUCUUAAUUAAGCAUAAUACUUAUAAUGCAAGUAGAUAAAUUAUCUAAAUGGACUUCUUGUAUCAAUUUCCGAAAACUAUUUAAUGUAUCUUAGAUUUAUAAGUAACUGACUGUAAACGUUUGGUUGUCUAAUGCCUCAUUCGAAGUCUUUUGACUGAACUGAGACGAUUUGUGGUUUAUUUCACCACGCUGCUCCUGCGAUGUGGUUUAGUGUAUACACUAAUGGUAGAUUUUUCGACUAGCUCAGGAUUCCUAAGGAUGUUUAUCUUCACCGUUGAGCACGAGAUAAAUUUUAUUAUUAACUAAAAAUAAGCACAUGAUAAUUCUAUGUUGCUUGCCCUGGCUUGUAUCCGGUUUAUUUUUGGUGAAGAUUCACGUUAUUCUAACCACUGGGCCAUCUCAGCUCUUACUUAAUAUUAAUUUGACUUAAUUGUUCAAAUAUAUCAUCCAUUAAAAUAUAAAUAUUAUGUGUCAUAAAACUAUUUCAUUUAUUUGUUUUAAAUUAUUUUUAUUUAUAAUAAUUAUUAUAUUAUAAAUUAGAUUUGUUAAAUAAGUAAUUGUUGGCAUUUGAAGAUUACUUUUUUUUUCACACGUCGUCUAUUACUAUUUAAAUCGUAUGUAUUUAUUUACAUAAAAAACAGAACGUGGUGAAGCAGGAUCGUUACCAAACAUUGAUAGUCGUAGUAAUCAAUACUUAAUAUUUCCAUAACUGUGACAAUGAUAAGUGUAAACGUAAGCAUGAUUGUCGUAAGACGUCCUUAUAUUCGUGACCCGAAAUGUGUUACUAUAAAUAACAAAACGUUUCUGAACGAUAAAAACAAAAAAAAAAAAACUCUUAAGUCAUUUAACUUUAUUAUAAAGGUUACAAAUAUUUUUUAAAUCUUAACAACGGUGUAGCAUUAACUAAGACAAUAUUGUGAAAUCGCGAUAUUUUGAUUUUUUGGAAAUUGGUCAUUAAAUUUUUAAUCUUACUAUUUGGAUUUUGAGCAUGUUUUUAAAUAGGUGUAGAAAAAAAGGAAAAAGGAGUCCGAGGAAAGGUACACGCUACUUUGUUCGAUUAUAUAUUUUGCUUAAAUGAAAGAAAAUUGAUCUAAUAUUGAUAAAUGGCUUAUAUACAGUUUGCAAUUAUGCGGCUUCUUGUAAAGACUUUUUCUUUUAUAUGAUGCCGUAUUUCACACUGUAUUUUAUUAAUUUCAUUCGAAAUGUUAUUUUAGUUGAUCAGGAGUUGACAUUGCUCUUCAGGUAUCCCCACAAAAAGAAGAUCGGGACACUCCGUGCUCUUGUAUUGAUGGAAUCUUAAUUCCAAACAAAUUGAAAUCCUUAUGCAGAUGAUCUACAUUUUUCUUCGUAAACCAAGUACCUGAACACUGUGUCGGAUUGUUUUGAACACUUUCUAACAGCAGUAAUGUUCUCGGCGAUCUUGAAGAAUAUUGUGGUCCACGUUUUUCGCGAUUCCGCUACAGCCCCAGUUUCAGCAAAAUCAUGCACUUCACCAUAAAUAGUGCAUUUCGUUUGAUCGCUAUUUCUGUCAAUAAUUUCUCUAAAGUCUUCUCUCAUCGUUACAGGUUACAAUCGAAAAUUGUUUUGGGUUAAAUAUUUGACGUUGGAUUAUCAUUGAUUCAUUUGUUUCACGACUGCGAAAUGCAUACGGUGAAACUAAUUUUUUCGUUCAUAUUUUAAGCCAAAAAAUAUGUUACAUGGAAACCUGUAACGCAAGCACAUUUUUAAGUACAAACACUGCACAUGAAGUUGUAGUGUUGUAGAACUGUUUAUUUUGUAAAUAUUUAGAUCAAACAUGAAAUGGCCGUUGAAUAGAAAUGAACUCUUUCAAGGCUUUUACCGCCGCCACUUUCGAUUUGAAUUUUUUCCCUUGUAAUAAAUUAUAGAAAUUGCGAAAAAAUGAGAAUUAGAUAGAGCUACCUAGUGAGCAUCUGAUGAGAAUGGUUAAUGAGGGCGAGUUUUCAGUUGUAACUCCUGUAGUUUUUGAAUACAUUUUAUAUUGAGGAAUGUAUAUUUUAGUAUACCUAAGUAAUGUGCUACGGAAAAGUUGUUCCUACGACAAUGAGUAAUUUUUUUAUGCUAUUCCGUAUUUUUAAUCUUUUUAUGCCCAAAAAUGGUAUUGAUUUAAAAAAAGUUAUUAUAAUUGAAUAGAAACGAAUUGAUUGAUUUAAUACUGCACGCAACCGACGUUGUUCGGCGAUCGUACAAGAACCGGCGUAAUCAACGUGGUAUGGACGUUUUUAUUUACGAUUAACAGUAAGAAAAUCAAUUUAAGUUAUAAAUGACUUUUGAUACAGCGUAUACUUAUAUAAAAAUCAAAACCCAUCAUAUUUCAGCCAAUUUAUACAAAACCAUAAUGAAUUACGCCAAAACCUUCCUCAUGAAUCAAUCGUUCCAUUUUCAAAAAUUCUGAAUUCGGCUUAUAAUAUUGUGAAUUGAUUAUUUGACUCUCAAAUAAAUAACCCUUGGUCAUUAAUUAAAUAUAAAGUUCCAGCCUUAUAGGUUUACAAAUCUUAUCAGUAAUGUUGUCAUGUGAAACUUGAUAUGCAUCGCUUUGUGUUUUCUUCAUUAGUAGCAAUUUAGAAUUAGUCUUCUGCAGAUAUAUACAGAUUCAAGUUUUAAACGAAAUUAAUAAGUUUACUUUAGUGAUAAUUAUGGGUUUCCAGUCAGGUUAGGUUUUUAGUAAGGUUUAGAAAAAUAAUAAUAAUAACAAAUGAUUUAUUGGCGUAAAAACAAAUGUACAACAUGUAAUUUUUAUACUCAUUUUGAAAGUUAUUUACAUAUUUGUAUAAACGAGAAUUAGCAAUUGAUUUUAUAUUAUUAAUUAUAAUAAUAAUAUAAAUACCAUAUAUUGAGUCUACGUGAAAUAGAAUCUUAAAUAAAACUAAAAGGAAUAAAAAGAAACUGAAAAUAAAAAAAAAAACUUAUAUACUUGUCACUUUAUACGUAGUAUCGAAAUGAUUAUAUUUACUUAAAAAUUGAAUGUGAAAACCUCUUCCGAGUUCAGUUCUAUUAAAUUAUUCUUGCAGUCAAUUACUGAUUUGAACAAUAAAACACUUAUUUUUUAUAUAAAACCGUACUAUUUUGUAAUAUUUUUAAUUUGAAUAAAAUACAACAAUUUUUAAAUAUAUGACAAGCUCACGUAGACUCCCUUGAUCUUGCACGUCCCGUCCGUCAUGCGGUGGGCCUCGCCUCGACGUCGCCUGUAACAUUUUAUUGAUUUUUGAUAUCAUGUAUAUGAUUGAUAUCAUGUAUAUGAUUGAUAUCAUGUAUAUGAUUGAUAUCAUGUAUAUGAUUGAUAUCAUGUAUUUCAAUAUCCGUUUUAGUCUCCUUCUCUUCUUCAAGUAUCUGGUGAAUUACUAUUUACCUUUUAUACAACUUUAAAUCGCUGGAAUAGAGUUCAUAAUUAGAUCUUUGUGUUCCACACUAGUAUAUUUUGAUAUUUAGCAACGGAAACUCAUCAUAAUCGAUUACAAUUCAUUAACGUACUACCCUUCUCACUGAAAUGUUAGAAGUGUUCUAAUUGAACUGUUUAGGUAAGCAUAGAGCUAAUGUAUAAUUUUCUUCGGCUACAGAACACUGCGAAGGCAUCUAUCGAAUGGCUCUUGAAGUAGCUCACCUAGAUACUCCAUAGCGUCACAGGUAUAAGAAUAGUUGUCAAACUAGGUGCUUGACAAAGUCAUUAGGGCAUCUUUCAUCAUCACUUAAGGCUAAAAUAUGAUAUCGUGUUCAUAUGUGCCUUGAUGAUUAUGAGCAAUCGCAGAACCUAGAUUAUAAAUAUCAGUUAGCUGAAAAUCCCCUAUUGUAUUAUAAUCUGAACAAAAAGUACUAACUUUGAUAACCCGUCAAACUCCAGCGCUG